AUGGAAGAAGGAGAUUACCAGAUAUCACCAAAGCUUGCAAGGGCAAAUAGAAUUUUUAUAAGAAGGCAGAAGAGGGAAUCAAAUGUGGUAUUUCAAGCUCAACAAAUUCAUCCAUCGAACAAGAGAUCUGGUGUUCAAAUUCAUGAAAAGGAGAAUACUAUGUUGGAUCAGAUUGUUGUUUCCAAUGAUAGAGAAAAGGCGAAGCUUAUUUCAAAUUCAUCUAGCAGUGAUCCAGUUUCAGACAUAUGUGGUUUUAAAUCUUCCUCUAAAUUUAAGUAUGGAACCAAUGCAGAACCACGUUAUAGGAAUAAGUGUCCGUUGAACCCCUCGACAGAAACUUUGAAAUCUGUUGCGUGUAGUACAUGCAACAUGUUUAAUGAAUCUCAAUUAAACAUUCAUCAUUCAUCAUCUAAUUCAGUGGAUAUUUCUUCUAUUCAAGAAUAUUCUAAUGGUGAAGAAUAUGAAGUAAUCGAUGGUUAUGAUGAUAUUGCCUUAGAUGAGGAUUUCGCCAUAGAAUCAGAUGAGAUGGAUGUCAAUAACCAUUUUUACCAACAUUUUGAGCAGGAUGUUGUUGUCGUGCAUGAGGAAGAAUACUGGGAUGCUGGUGAUCCUAUUUAUACAUGUGUAUUUUGCAAUGCCAACAUGUGGGAUAAAAGAGGCUUAGUAGGACUAAUGGCCAUGCUAGACUGCAUUUUGGUCUAUGUUGUAUGGAUGGAAAGGCAAUCUGAUUCUAGCAAUGGUCUUGAAAGGGUCAUUGUUGCUGAGCUAAAGAGUAUGCUUGAUCUCCAUAAUCCCUUGGCCAGUACAUUUCGAUAUGCUCAAAAAUGGUUUAAAGAAUGCAAUUCCCCUGAUAUAAGAAUAAAGUUGAUUAGGAGAAGAGAUACUGAUGGUAGGCGUUAUAAUCUACCAACUGCAUCCGAGGUUGCGGUAAUAGUCAUUGGUGAUAUUGAUGAGUCCUGUUUGGAUAGGGAUAUAAUAAUUGAGUCACGCUCUAGCCAGCUUAAAAGAAUUGAUGUUCUUCACCCGCAGUACCUUACAUUGCAGUAUCCUUUACUGUUUCCGUAUGCAGAAGAUGGAUACAAAAUUGGAAUUGAAACUUCCUAUCAAUAUAAUACUGAUGGUUUGAAGAAGAGAAAAACUAUUAGCAUGAGGGAGUUUUUUUCAUAUCGGCUACAAAUGCAGUCUCUCGAUUCUCCUAUUUUGUUGCAUUCUGGUAGACUGUUUCAACAAUUCUUAGUGGAUGUAUAUACGAUGGUUGAGGCUGAACAAUUGAACUUUAUAAGAUUUAACCAACCAAAGUUAAGAGUUGAAAGGUAUAAAGUCCUUCAUGAGUCUUUGGUAAGCGGAGAAGCUGAUGCUGUUGCAACUGGCCAGCGUAUUAUUCUGCCAAGCACUUUUACUGGUGGUCCAAGAUACAUGUUUAAUAAUUGCAAGGAUGCAUUUGCUAUUUGCAAGUAUGCUGGAUAUCCUAGCUUUUUUAUAACAAUUACUAGCAACGCUGAAUGGGAUGAGGUCAAGAGAUUGCUUUCUGGAACAGGAUUAUCACCUCAGGAUCGUCCUGAUGUUGUUUCAAGGAUAUUCAAAAUCAAGCUUAAUAAUCUAAUCAGUGAAUUUAAAAGUGGCAUUCCUUUUGGCAAAAUUGUUGGAUAUGUUUGCACGGUUGAAUUUCAGAAGAGAGGAUUACCUCAUGCACACAUAUUGUUAUUCAUGCAUCCUACAAACAAGCCAAAGUCUCCAUCAGAUAUUGACAGGUUUAUUUCUGCUGAGAUACCUGAUAGGCUCCGUAGACCAAGGUUAUAUGCCGCCGUAGAGAGAUUCAUGGUUCAUGGGCCUUGCAGUCGACAUAACAAAAAUAGUCCGUGCAUGGUAGAUGGUCAUUGUUCAAAAUAUUUUCCUAAGAAAUUUAGGUCACGUACUGUUAUUGAUGAAGCUAGAUUUCCAAAGUACAAGAGACCAGACAAUGGUCGCACGAUAACUAAGAGGAAUGUUACCAUUGAUAAUUCCUUCAUUGUUCCAUACAAUCCGUAUUUGUUGUUGGCAUAUGGUUGUCAUAUAAAUGUCGAGCAUACAUGCCAAACUUCUGCCAUCAAGUAUCUGUUUAAAUAUGUGCACAAGGGCAAUGAUCGAGUAACUGCUUCUUUCUAUCAGUCUUCUGUUGACUCAUUCGCUGGACAGGUUGUGGAUGAGAUACGAAAUUAUUAUGAUUGCCAUUAUAUAUCAUCAUGUGAGGUAGCUUGGAGGAUAUUUGGUUAUGAUAUUCAGAUAAAGGAACCUGCAGCUAUUAGGUUACCCUUUCACCUUCUUGAAGAGCAUGCUGUUAUCUUUAGAGAUAAUGACAAUAUUCAAGAUAUUCUCAAUCGUGUAGAUGGCAAGUUGACAAAAUUAUUAGCAUGGUUCCUUGCUAAUAGUUUAUAUCCUUUUGCCAGGUUGUUGACUUAUAGUGAGUUCCCUAACAAGUUUGUAUGGAGGGAUGAUGUUUGUAUGUGGGUGCCACGAAAGCAAGGCUUUUCUAUUGGUCGAUUGACUCAAGUCCCGCGGGAAAAUGGUGAAGAUUAUUACUUGAGACUUUUGCUUAACAUACAGAAAGGAUACACAAGUUUUGUUGACCUUAGAACUGUUGAUGAUGUUGUCUAUGAUACAUUCAAGGAAGCAUGUUAUGCACUAGGAAUUCUCCAAGAUGACAAGGAAUUUGUUGAUGCUAUAUUGGAAGCAAGUUUGUGGGCAUCAGGGUCUUAUAUUCGUGACCUUUUUGUUAUUCUUCUUCUAUCAAAUAACUUUUCUCGUCCUGAAUUUGUUUGGCAGUCAUGUUACCAACAAUUAUCUGAAGACAUCCUAUAUAUUCAUAGAAGAAAUCACCGUUGUGAAGAGCUACAAUUAUCAGAUGAGCAGAUAUUGAAUUUGACAUUGGUUAACAUUGAGAAAAGACUACAAGCAAAUGGAAGAUCUCUUAGAGAAUUCUCUACACUGCCGUAUCCUGAUAUGCAAAACAUUGAUGGUAUUGAUGAUUGA